AUGGCACGCAUUCAUCUUACCUUAUUGUCAGUUCUUCUCUACUGUGUUACUUAUAUCUAUGCCGCCGCUACAGUAAAUAGUAUAGCCGGUCCAGUUGCUCAAGGUGCAACAGUCUACAUCACAUAUCAAUUUAGUACACCCCCAGCAGGAAAGGUCACUUUACAAGUUAUAAAUUUCACUUCAAAAGAUACAAAAUUCCUCAGUGAAGAUUUACCAAUAAACCCUGCCAGUUUCAAAUGGGUGGUUGAUGUACCUGUAGGAACUUAUUACCUUGCUAUUAAUGAUGGUAGCGGUCAAGCUUUCUCUGGUAACUUUGAUUCUCGCCGUAGUAGCCGCCGUAAUGUUCCAUAUGGCUUAAAGACAUAG